AUGCCAAGAGAUCGAAUCCCAGUACAAAUUGUCACCCUCCCAGAUGACCCGACCAGACCACUACCGGGAAACCCAUCCGAGUACCGAAAGGUCGGAAAGAUCGGAGAUGGCUCCUAUGGAAAUGUCACAAAGGCGAUGAACAUCAAUAAUGGUCAAUACUAUGCGAUCAAAACGCACAAGAACCUGAAUUCAUACAGUGGCGAUCAGAUCCGAUACAGACUGAUGAACGAAAUCACCUUUCUCUCAUCGGCUCACCUUUUGGGAAACCUUGAUUCGCCCUAUGUAGUCGAACUGCUCGACUGGUUCCAGAGCAAAGAUAAGAACUACAGCAUGGUAAUGGAUUACCAUCAGAUGGACCUCCACAAGCUCAUGGUUAGCCAGGAUCUGACGCGAUCUCAGAUCAAGUUGAUCCUCGCCGAGCUUGUUCUUGCGAUCGAAGCUUGCCACUCCCGAGGAGUACUCCACAACGAUAUCAAACCUGAAAACGUCCUUGUAACCAGCGAUGGGCACAUGGUCCUCACUGAUUUCGGAAUUGCCGAGUUGCUCCUUCCAGGCGAGAAAACUUUCGGACGAUACGGUACUCCUCUUUACAUGGCGCCCGAAAGUCUGCAAAUCAAAGGACACGACUUCCAAGCAGACUGGUGGUCCCUCGGCGUUAUGGCCUUCGAGCUUCUCGCUGGAUACGUUCCUUACGAGGGUCGAACUUCCUCCGAUCUUACCCGCGAACAAAAGAAGACUCUUGUCUACCCUGCAAGCAUGGACAAAGUCUCCAAGGACUUCACCCAAAGCCUCCUCAAACGAAACCCCAAAAAUCGACUCUCAAACGAUAUUGAACGCUUCAAAUCUCAUCCCUUCUUUUCUGGAAUCGACUGGGAAGCCCUCGCACUUGGCGAGGUGCGAAGCAGCCUUUGUAAAUUCUGCACCGAUGAAGAAAUAAGCAUCGAUCAGCGAAAGCGCAAAGAGCCCGUCCACAUGCCUUUCGAAGAAGACCCCGAAACCUUUGAAUACAAUGAAAUCGGAAUCGAUCAACCAACUAAUGUGACGGAAGAAUUCGUUCUCGUUCUAUCUGACCUCGCCGGCUCUUCCCCUUCCAACAACGAAAUUACAAUCCCCAUUGAACAGCCAAGACCUCAAUCUGUCGGAUCAUACGAAAUCUACCACAAUCGGACGGAAAGAACUCACCAAGUUAUCCGCCCAAGAUCAUCAACCAUCAACGAAUUUUCGCCUUAUCCCUCGGUCAAUGACAACAGCUCCAGAAAACAACGAAGAGGAGGAAAUCAGUCCCCCGGAGUUUAUAAUGGUCGUAGAAUGACAUACGCAGAACUGAUUGUCGAAGCAAUCAAAUCUUCAAAGGAUUCUAGGAUGACACUUCGUCAGAUUUACCACUGGAUGAGCCGAAAUGUCCGAGAAUUCGGUCCUAACGGUGGUCCGGGCUGUCCCAGUACUAACUCGUGGAAAAACUCCAUCCGUCACAAUCUAUCACUUCACGAAAUGUUCAAGCGCGUUCCGAACCACACUCGAGGAGAAAGUGCUUUCUGGGUUAUUGAUACGACUCCAUCAAACAAUAACGAUAUUUAUUAUAAACAAGAUAAUAACCAAACAUGGCCUCAUGUUCGACCAGAACUCUUUCGACCCUCUCUUACCUGCCCUCCAAAUGUACGACUUGAAGCAAACUAUCAAGUUCCAAACUUCGACAAAAUCCGACAAUCCGCAACAAACUCGUUCUGCCAAGAUUUGAUCAUUUGCGAAAAAUUCCCUGAGCUUGCUCGAAUCAUCUUUCCAAAGAAAGAGCCAAAAGUCGAACCAAUUAUUCGCCUCCCUUCGAUCUCUUUGGACAAUAUUCCAGAUAGCCACAGUGAUAACGAGCUCUUUUCCGCAAUGUUCUCAAAACCACCUUCUGAAAAUGAUUUUUCAUCCUGCGCCAGUCCUUCUAACUCAGAAAUCUUUGAUAGUCCCCAUCCCUCCCCUUCCACUGCUGACGAAGGUUUCGAUAGCAUUUCAACCUUGGAUAACUUUGAGCUCGACGACAUUUGCAUGGAGAGCGAUGUCAAUACAAUUUUCAACAUGUAA